CUUGUACUACUUCUUCACAAUAUGACCAGGAAGACACUGUCUACUCGUAUUGAGGAAUUUGAGGGAAAGCAUGUUGGGUUGACUAGAAAUGCUAAUGAGUGUUGUAUGUAUAAAGUGCAUGAGCAGUUACGUAAUGUAAACGAGAAGGCUUACAAGCCUGUGCUACUUGCCAUCGGUCCUUACAACGAUCAAAGCAAGGUUGGCCAGGGGUUUAUGGAAGACCAUAAAUUGCGCUAUCUAUAUCAAAUGCUUAAAAGAAAGGGGGGAAGUGUAGAAGCAUACACUACAACCUUGACAGAAUUGGAAGAACCCGCUCGUAAAUGCUAUGUAGAAUGCAUUAGCCAGACCCCAGAGGAGUUUGUAGAAAUGAUGGUACUUGAUGGGUGUUUCAUUAUUGAGUUGUUCCACAAGCAUGAAAUCUACAAGGAGACAGGAGAUUUUCAAGAUGACCCAAUCUUUAAAAUGAAGUGGGUGCUUCCAAGAAUAGCUCGUGACCUAUUGUUAUUUGAAAAUCAACUUCCAUUCUUCGUUCUUGAAAAAUUGUUCAUGAUGAGUGAGAGGAAAGAUACACUAAAUCGAUCCAAACAUUUAGGAGAACACACUGGCGAUAUUGAUGAGGAGGAAAAUGGAAUUAGUGUUGAAAGCUCAACCUCCACAACUCAGAUUAUCCAGACACGACUUUAUGAUCUUGCCCUCAAUUUUUUCUAUGGCUAUUUACACUUUCAAUGGAAUAUUGUUACAUCAGGUUAUAAUUCAACCGAAAAGAUUAAGCAUCUACUUUGUUUGGUGCAUGAAGAUCUCACCUCUUCACUUUUACACAUGAUAUGUCUACGUUUAACAGUCGGGUUCAGAUUCAAGAAAGCAGAGUUUGAGCAUCUCCUUGGUCUCAUACAUGCAAGCAUUGGUAUUUCAUUACUCGAUACGGAAAUAGAAUAUGCCAGAGAACGUCAAGAGGUAGGAGUCAAACUCAAGAAUGCAAAGAUAUUUAAGAGCCUAUUUGGUCCGAUUCGUGAAGCUAUCAUUCCAUUACUUGCAAAAAUGGAAAAUAUGAGGAAGGCAAUUUCUUACACCAGCCAAUUUCAGAAACCUAGAUUCCAAGUCAAUAUGGCAGAGAUUGAAAACUGGGAAUCAAUUCCGUUUGGCUUAGAGUUUCAGGAGGUUGGAAUUGAAUUCAAGAUGGCAAAGAAAUUUAAGGAUGAUGGAUAUAAGAUUAUAAGAUGGACAAGUAUACUUCAUUACAAUGAACUUCAAAAGGCUGGAAUUGACUUCGACAAGGCAAAGAAAUUUCAGGAUCUACAUAAUCGAAAUAGGAAUGAAGAUCAGAACUCAAAACCGUGUGUAAUAGUAGAGAAAUUUACUCGUCUACUUUGUCAGAUCAAGAUUGAAACGUGGAAGUCAAUACCUUAUGGCAAAGAGCUUCGUGAGGCUGGAGUCGAAUUCAACAAGGCAAAGAAAUUUAAGCGUUCUCUACUUGCUCUUAGAGAGAUUGAAGCCAGGAACAUACAUGGUGCUACCGAGCUUGCAGAGGCUGGAAUCGAAUUCAAGAAGGCAGAGAAAUCUAAUGUGUUUUCCAUAAAGUUCAACAAUGGGCUAAUGGAGAUUUCACCUUUGACCAUACAAGAUCAUACAGAGACUUACUUACGAAAUCUAAUUGCAUAUGAGCAAUACUAUCAUCGACAUACUGAUGUGAAUUACGUCUACAACUAUGUGUGCUUCCUGGACGAUCUCAUUAACACUCCAAAGGAUGUUGAGUUACUUCGUCGAAGAGGAAUUAUCCAUAAUAAUUUGGGUGAUGAUGAAGUUAUUUCCGCUAUGGUUAACAAGCUUGGUCACAAUGUCAGUUUUACGACCAACAUUUAUGAAAGAACUAUCAUGAAUGUGAACUUGCAUUGUAGGAGACGCAGGAAUGUAUGGAUGGCAAAAUUAAGGCGCGAUUAUUUCAACAGUCCUUGGGCAUGGAUUUCAUUUCUGGCUGCUUUCUUAUUGCUUGCACUCACAGCUACACAAACCAUAUUUUCCAUUAUUCAUUAGGUUUUUCGUGCAGU